CUGUCAGAGUCUGUGCAAUCAGUAAUCAGAGGGCUGGAGACCCUUAGAGAGGCCGGGCUAUAGUAGUACUUCUUCUGCCUGGCUGGCUCUCUCUUAUGACCUCUCCAACCACCCCCGCCUCCCCUUCCAUUUGACUAGAAUGUGUAAUUCAGGCCUUUCAGCCCAGAGUAGAACUUUGACCCUCUAGAAGCCUGGCCAGAUCACUUUAGGAAAAUUGUAGCCCCCAGCUCUGAUUCUGGGAGGCCUUAAUCGGCUUGGGAUUGUCUAACCUGUUUUGAAUAGCCAGAGGGAAGGGCCUAAAAGCUGAGUUGGCUUCCAAGGCAACUUUGAAGCUCAGCUUGCCCUCCAGGCUUAUCCUCGUUUUCUGAUCCCCUGCGGGCUCAAGAGACCUGCCCAAGCCCCUGCUCUGGACUACAUCUCCCAGCGUGCCUAGCAGAGUGGUAUCCUCAGUGUGCCGUCUGCACCAGCUGCUGGUGGACAAUGCUGCGGGCUGUGAGCCUUGUGUCCCCUCUUGGCUUUCGACUGACGACUCUCCCCUCAGUCCGAGGUCGCUCACUGAGUUGUGCACAGGAUGUACUCCGCAGGACUCCUCUCUAUGACUUCCACCUGGCCCAUGGUGGGAAAAUGGUGGCAUUUGCUGGUUGGAGUCUGCCUGUGCAGUACCGGGAAAGUCACAUUGAGUCACACCUGCAUACACGCCGGCACUGCUCACUCUUCGAUGUGUCCCACAUGCUACAGACCAAGAUAUUUGGUCGUGACCGGGUGAAGCUCAUGGAGAAUCUAGUGGUGGGUGAUAUUGCAGAGCUAAAGACAAACCAGGGGACACUGUCAUUGUUUACCAAUGAGACUGGAGGCAUCUUAGAUGACUUGAUCGUGACCAAUACUUCUGAGGGGUAUCUCUAUGUGGUAUCGAAUGCUGGCUGCUGGGACAAGGAUUUGGCCCUCAUGCAGGACAAGGUCAAGGAGCUUCAGAACAAGGGCAGUGAUGUGGGCCUGCAGGUGGUGGACAAUGCUCUACUAGCCCUGCAAGGCCCCACUGCUGCUCAGGUGCUACAGGCUGGUGUAUCAGAUGACCUAAGGAAACUGCCCUUCAUGACCAGUGCAGUGAUGGAGGUGUUUGGCGUGUCUGGCUGUCGUGUGACCCGCUGUGGCUACACAGGAGAAGAUGGUGUAGAGAUCUCAGUGCCAGCUACUGAGGCCGUCCACCUCGCAACUGCUCUAUUGAAAAACCCGGAGGUAAAGCUAGCAGGGUUGGCAGCUCGGGACAGCCUGAGACUAGAGGCAGGUCUCUGCUUGUAUGGGAAUGACAUUGAUGAACACACUACACCUGUGGAAGGCAGCCUCAGUUGGACACUGGGCAAGCGCCGCCGGUCUGCUAUGGAUUUCCCAGGGGCCAAGGUUAUUGUACCACAACUAAAGGGCGAGCUGCAGAAGAGGCGUGUGGGGUUGACAUGUGAAGGGGCCCCAGUGCGGGCACACAGUCCCAUCCUGAGCACCGAUGGCACUGUGAUUGGUACUGUGACAAGUGGCUGUCCCUCACCCUGCCUCAAGAAGAACGUGGCAAUGGGUUAUGUGCCUUCUAAGUUCAGCCGGCCAGGGACACAGCUGCUGGUAGAGGUUCGGCGGAAGCAGCAGAUGGCCGUUGUCAGCAAAAUGCCCUUUGUGCCCACCAACUACUAUACCCUCAAGUGAGGAUGAGUCAGGGGAGGGGCUCUCCCUUCCAGGAGCCUUGCUCUGGAGGGAAUCAUACAAGACUUAAGUUAGGAGGCAGAACUUGAUGGGGAUGGGCAAGUGAGUGGUUUGCUCUAGUUGGAUGGAAGGAGCUAUCUAUACACGUCUCCUCCUCCUUCCCCUUCCCCCUUCCUCUCCCUCUCCUCCUCCCCCCCUCCUCUACCUCUUC